AUGACGCUGCCUGGCCGCUAUGUGCUCAAGCGCUGGCACCCUGCAACUUCCCUGGAAAUACAUGGAUCAGCCAGUGGAACCCGAGAGAUCAUAACUGUUCCCGCAGUAGCUCUCGAAACCAAACUCAUGGGAUUGUCACUCUAUGCUAAAACCAUUGGUGUAUACUUAUUGGGCUGUCUCCCAGAGAUGGGCAAGUAUCUGAUACGUCAACAUCCGGAUCAUGGUCGAUACGUCACGGAGCCUCAUCAACCAUAA